AACCGGCCUCCCCUUCCCCUCCUCUCAAAAUCGCGAAAACUUUGGGUUCGGCCGUCUCUUCGUCUUCGAGUCUUGGCCUUCUCCUCUCAAAAUCGCCAAAGCUUUGCAGCUGCUAGAGCUUAGGUUUCUCGUUUGUGUUCCUUCUCUAUCCUCUACUCCUAUUUGUCUUCGAAUGAAUUGAACGCGAAGUCCACAGCCCUAACACGAGCUCUUAACAAAGAACGAACGAGGCCAGUCCCCGUCUGCCCCUUUUCCGCGAUACCUGCGGGAACCGCGAACUUUGCCUGUCGACUAGGGCAUCCGAAACCCUCGUCCUCCUCACCUUUCGCUUCAACCCAAAACCUCAGGCGAAAAGUUCCGACGGUCGCUUGCAGGCGAUGAGCGACUGUGAGAUUUGCUAGAGAAUCAACUUUUCUCAUACCGGUAGAAGUGGGUUGGGCCUAGGGCUCACUCUUCAGCUCGAUUGCUGUCACCGAAUUUACCACAGAAUGGGCGGGAGAGCGGUUGUUUCUGAUGACGAAGAUGAGAUAGAAGAGGUUGGCGCGGAGGAUCAAUUUCGAGGCUCGGGCAAAGGUGAUCUUGAGGAGAGGGAUGAGGAAGACGACGAGGAUGAUGAUGAAGAGGACGGACAGGAUGAGUACGAGAAGGAUGGGUUUAUUGUGGAUGAUGUGGACGAAGAGGGAGAGGAGAACGACGAAGACAGUGAUGAGGAGCGGCACAGAAAGAAGAAGAAGAAGAGAAGAGAGUCUGAAAGGAAUUAUGUUCUUGAUGAGGACGACUAUGAGUUGCUUGAGGAUAAUAACAUCACUGUGCAUCGGCCUAAACCUGGUAGCAAAUUCAAGCGCUUGAAAAAGGCUGGGCGUGGUUCAGAGAUGGAGGAGCAUUCUGGGUUCGCUGCCGAUGAAGAAUCUGAGAGGGCCGAUCGCGGUGGCAGAACUGCUGAGGAGAAACUCAAGCGAAGUUUAUUUGGUGAUGAUGAGGGGGCACCUCUUGAAGAUAUUGCUGAAGAAGAAGAGCAACCAGAAGAAGAAGAUGUGGAUUUGAUUGGUGAUGAGGAUGAGAUGGCUGAUUUUAUUGUCGAUGAGGAAGAUGUUGAUGAGAAUGGCACCAUUGUGAGGCGACCCAAGGUGAAGAAAAAGAAAUCCAAACAGGCCCCUGGUGUUUCAUCAUCUGCUUUACAGGAAGCCCAAGAGAUAUUUGGCGAUGUUGAUGAGCUAUUGAUGCUUCGUAAGCAAGGGAUGGCAGGUGGUUCUAGUGAAUGGGUGGAAAAGAGACUGGAGGAUGAGUUUGAGCCUUUCAUUCUCUCAGAGAAAUACAUGACGCCAAAAGAUGAUGCUAUAAGAGAAACUGAUAUACCCGAAAGGAUUCAACUAAUGGAGGACUUUACUGGGCCUCCACCAAUCGAUGACAAGAGUAUUGAAGAGGAGAGUGCCUGGAUAUACAACAUGCUCAAUAACUCUUUUGUUUCACCUCUAUUUGUUCAUGAUCAGCUAGUGAAGGACAUUGAUAAGGAAGAUAUCGGACGUGUUUUGACAAUGGUGCAUGUUCAAAAAUUAGAUAUUCCAUUCAUUGCUAUGUAUCGGAAGGAAUUUUGCCGUAGUCUCUUGAAAGAUUCUGAGGACGCGCUUCAAAAUGACGACGGGAAUACUCCAAUGAAAUGGCAUAAGGUUCUUUGGGCAGUGCAUAGUUUGGACAGGAAGUGGUUACUUCUUCAAAAGCGCAAGAGUGCUCUUGAAAUGUACUACUCCAAACGCUUUGAGGAGGAAGCUCGUAGGAUUGAUGAUGAAACCAGACUUGCGUUAAAUAGACAAAUCUUUAGCUCUAUCUCUGAAGCUCUUAAGGAGGCAAACUCUGAAAGAGAGGUUGAUGAUGUUGAUGCAAAAUUCAACCUGCAUUUUCCUCCCGGUGAAGUUGAUGUAGAAGAAGGACAGUUUAAAAGGCCGAAGAGAAAAUCCUUGUACAGCAUAUGCUACAAGGCUGGUUUGUGGGAGGUUGCUAACAAAUUUGGUUUGAGUUCCGAACAAUUUGGAUUGCAUUUUUCAUUGGAAAAAGUGAGGUUGGAAGAGUUGCAAGAUGGAAAAGUAGUUCCUGAGGAAAUAGCUAGAAAUUUUACUUGUGCAAUGUUUGAGGCGGCACAAGAUGUGCUCAAAGGUGCCAGACAUAUGGCAGCGGUAGAGAUGAGUUGUGAGCCAGUUGUUAGGAAGCAUGUACGUAGUACUUUUAUGGAAAAUGCUGUUGUCUCUACAAGCCCUACUCCCGAUGGAAACUCUACGAUUGAUGCCUAUCAUCAACUUUCUGGCGUUAAGUCACUGAAGAAUAAGCCUCUGUCUAAGUUUAUUGAUGCGCAAUGGCUACUUAUUCAAAAAGCAGAGCAAGAGAAACUUCUUCAGGUCACCAUAAAAUUGCCUGAAUUCGAGCAAAACAAAUUACUUGCUAAUGCAAGUGAUUGCUAUUUGAGUGAAUGUGUUAGUAAACCAGCUCAACUUUGGAAUGAGCAACGCAAACUGAUAUUGGAAGACUCUUUUUAUAAUUUUAUACUUCCUUCUAUGGAAAAGGAAGCACGGUCACUUUUGAUGGCCAGAGCUAAGAAUUGGCUUCUCAUGGAGUAUGGAAAGCAGUUGUGGAGCAAGGUUUCUGUGGCCCCUUAUCAACGGAAGGGAAAUUCUGUUGACAUUGAGAAUGAAGAUGAACCAGAAUUAAGAGUUAUGGCCUGCUGUUGGGGACCCGGAAAGCCUGCCAAUACGUUUGUGAUGUUGGAUUCUGCUGGAGAAGUUGUUGAUAUUAUUUAUGCUGGCUCAAUUUGCAUAAAAUCUCAGGGUGUUGCUGAGCAGCAGCGCAAGAAAGCUGAUCAAGAAAGACUUUUAAGAUUCAUGACUGAACACCAACCUCAUGUUGUUUGCUUAGGAGCUGCCAAUCUGUCAUGCAAACAACUUAAGGAUGAUAUUUACGAGGUUAUUUUCAAAAUAGUUGAAGAUCAUCCUAGAGAUGUCAGCCAAGAUAUGAACAUUAAUAUAGUAUGGGGUGAUGAAUCCUUGCCACGACUGUUUGAGAAUGCACGAGUUUCUUCGGAUCAACUUACAGGACAACCAGGCAUUGUAAAACGUGCUGUUGCGCUUGGACGUUACCUACAAAAUCCACUGGCAAUGGUUGCAACACUUUGUGGACCUGGUAAAGAAAUAUUGUCUUGGAAGCUUUGCCCUUUGGAUGAUUUCCUUGCCCCUGAUGAGAAGUAUGACAUGGUUGAGCAAAUAAUGGUUGAUGCAACCAAUCAAGUAGGCGUUGAUGUUAAUUUAGCUUCAAGCCAUGAAUGGCUUUUUUCUCCCUUGCAGUUUGUUGCAGGUCUUGGACCACGAAAAGCUUCUUCUUUACAGAGAGCAUUUGUAAGGGCUGGAUCUAUUUUCAAUCGGAAAGAAAUUCCAAUGGGAAAGAUCAUCAGGAAAAAGGUUUUUAUUAAUGCUGUCGGUUUUCUAAGAGUUCGCCGCAGUGGGGCAGCGGCUGCUACUAGUCAUAUUAUUGAUUUGCUGGAUGAUACAAGAAUUCAUCCAGAGUCGUAUGAUUUGGCAAAGACUAUGGCCAAGGAUGUCUAUUCGGAGGAUGCUCCAGAUGACAUUAAUGACAUGGAUGACGAUGCUCUUGAAAUGGCAAUUGAACAUGUCAGGGAAAAAUCAGAUAUGCUUAAAGUCCUUGUAAUUGAAGAAUAUGCAAAGAGCAUUGCUGAGCGGUUUGGCACUGAUAAGAAGGAAACUCUGGAAGAUAUAAAGAAUGAACUGCUUCAUGGAUUUAAAGACUGGAGGCGCCCAUUUAGUGAACCUAAUGCAGAUGAGGAAUUUAGUAUGCUAUCUGGCGAAACUGACGAUUCACUUUCCGAUGGAAGAAUUGUUGAAGUGAAUGUUCGUUUUGUCCAGGACAAUCGUAUUGUUUGCUUUUUUGAUUCUGGUCUCAAAGGUUUUAUCUUUGCAGAAGAGUUCUCAGAUGAAGGCUAUGACCCUGAAAAGGUGAAAGCAGGUGAUAUACUAACAUGCAAAAUCAAGAGUGUUAAUAAAAGUCGGUGUGCAGUUUAUCUAACUUGUAAAGAAAGUGAACUGAAGAAAAGGCAGUAUAUUCCUCUCAACCAAGAUCCAUUCUAUCUUGAAGAUGAUGUUACUUUACAUAAUGAGCAGGAGAAGGCUCGCAAGGAAAAGGAACUUGCAAAGAAGCGAUUCAAGCCAAGAAUGAUCAGCCAUCCUCGAUUUCAAAAUGUUACUGCUGAUGAGGCAAUAGGGUUCCUUGCUAACAAAGAUGCUGGAGAGAGCAUAAUUCGACCAAGCUCAAAAGGUCCAUCGUAUUUGACUUUGACACUGAAAAUUUCAAAUGGUGUUUAUGCUCAUAAAGACAUAGUGGAAAGUGGGAAAGAUCAUAAAGAUAUUACGAGUUUGCUUCGCAUUGGGAAAACAUUGACUAUUGACAAAGAUACUUUUGAGGAUCUUGAUGAGGUUAUGGAUAGAUAUAUUGAUCCUCUAGUAACUAAUUUGAAAAAUGUGCUUAGUUACCGAAAAUUCCGGCGGGGAACAAAAUCAGAAGUUGAUGAUCAAUUAAGGAAAGAAAAGAUGGAAAAUCCAAUGAGAAUAGUUUAUAGUUUUGGCAUAUCCCACGAGCAUCCUGGGACUUUUGUCUUGUCCUAUAUUAGAAGCUCAAACCCACACCAUGAGUAUGUUGGGUUGUAUCCCAAAGGUUUCAGGUUUAGGAAGAGGGAUUUUGAGGAUCUUGAUAGGUUAGUGGCAUUUUUUCAGAAAAAUAUUGAUAAGCCGCCACCUGAAUCUGGACCGUCAAUACAGACUGUUGCUGCGAAGGUUCCAAUGAAAAGCCCAGGUUGGGGUUACUCUAGCGAUGGUAUGUUUGGUUCCACAGGCAGCAAUGAUGGCUGGAGUAGUCAAACCCCAGACAGGGACAGUCCAUCUACUCCAGGUUCAAGAGGAGGGAGAUCUGGUUUCAGGGGACGUGGCAACCGAGAUGGCCAUCCUAGUGGACUCCCACGGCCGGGCAGAGGCCGGGGUCGUGGAAGAGGAAACAACAAUUUUGGAAGUGGAGGCCGGGGCUCCGAUCAUGGCAAUUCUAAAUGGGGUUCCAAUUCCGAUCAUGGAAAUUCCAAUUGGCGUUCGAAUUCUAAUGAUGAUGAUGGCUUAAGCAGCUUUCCUGGAGCCAAAAUUCAAGAUUCACCAGGCAGAGAGCGGAAAUGCUAG